CGCCGAAAUACGAACUGUAGUCUUCUUACCAGUCGCACUGCUCGCCGCGUUCGCGUGUAGGACCAUAGCGUAAGAUACGUACGUUGCAUUCGGAGAAAAAUUCGAUACCUAUCGAUCGUUGCAGUGGGGAUAGUAUCGGUCAGGUAUCAAUAUAAGACCCAAGUCCGAUACGGCUGGCGGGUCGUCUUGUAUAGAAAAACCCGGAUUAACAAUAAAUCGUGGUUAAACAAUAUAAGAGCUGUUUAAUGGCUAGGUAUAUCUAACUGCAGAUACGAAAUCAUACAAAAAUAUUAAUUCUGCGUGAAAGCAACAUUUGUAUUGGAAAAUAUUGAAGUGCCGUGCAUGAAAAAUUGUGCUGUGACUUUUUCCAACUGUUAAUCCGUCCACGAGUACCUAUAGAUAUACGCAUUGCACGGAAUACAGAACAUGUGACAUCUUGAGAACGGUCGGUAUUUCGAGACGAUACGCACGGGCUGACUUCGGUCAAGCGAUGAUUUCUUUCAAAAAAAAGUUUCUUAUACGACGCACGUACAGUCCUAACGUUUCGAGACUUACGUACUUCUAGUGUCAGAUGAUUUGAAAUAAACUACUUUUUUUUUUUCGAAUUUAUAGACAAAAAAAUACGUCAGACGUAUUGGACUUAGCGUACUUAGCGAAAUCCUAGUGACUUAGUUUUCUUACCGUUCAAACUCUGUGUAAUGCACAUUUUGCAAACCGACGAUUUGUACCAGCAAAUACACUUUUAUCCGGUUCUAAUCUUCGUAGGAAAAUGCUAUAUUCCACGAUACAAUGGACACACCACUUUAUUCUUGCGCGGAUAUAAUUUUUAGUCGGUUUAGAUGCUUUUCUGUCCUUUGAGAUCUACGGAUGAUUUAAUUUCAAUCGACAUUAUACAUAAAACAAGCAAUCAUCAUUCCAUGUUUGUAUCGUUACCCAAAUACUAAGCAAUAAUGAGUCUAAAGAAGAAACCCAAAGAAGACGACCACGAAGUAUUGGCCGGAAAAGAAGAAGCUGUCCCAGAUAGUCAAAACUAUGUACUCGUUCCUCCGGAUGGUGGAUGGGGAUGGCUGGUGCUUCUGGGCAGCACAUUGGUCAACAUGCUAAUUCCAGGUACCCUUAAAUCAUUUGGAGUGCUGUUUGUAGAGUUCACUGAAGCAUUUCAUGCGUCAGAAACCGCAGCCUCAUGGAUACCCGCCAUUUGCUAUUUUCUCUAUUGUUCUUUAGGUCCUGUUUCAAGUUACCUAUCAUCAAUAUAUUCAUAUCGUACAGUAACGUUAAUCGGAGGCACUUUAGCUUCUAUGGGAUUGAUGCUCUGUUAUUUCGCCGACUCUAUCACAUUUUUAUACUUCAGUUACGGGAUGAUGUUCGGCUGCGGUGCGGGCCUGGCGUUCCCUCCCGGCAUAUUCAUCGUGACGUCGUACUUCGUCAAGUACCGCGGGUUCGCCAACGGAGUGGCCAUAUCUGGCAGCUGCUUGGGUUCCAUGUUCCUGCCGCCGUUCCUGGGCUACCUGAUCGACAACUACGGUUACAAGGAGGUGGUGCUGAUACUCGGAGCCCUAACGCUCAACGUUUGGGUGGGCGCGAUGCUGUACCAUCCGGUCGAGCAGCACAUGGUCAAGCAGUACGUGGACGAUUGCGAGUGCGGAGACGACGGGCUGGACAGCGGCGGCGAAGCGGACGCGGCGGCGUCGUCGGUAUCCCUGGCCUUGGCCGCGGCGAACUCGGUGACCGGUGGCAAAAGCUUGACGGAACUACACCGGUGUGGCGGCGAUGACAUCGGCGACGAGGACGGGCGGCACCAGGAGACCGUGUCCCUACUGGCGCAGAACCUCAACGGUUACGUGAUCGUCAACGAGCUGAACGCGUCCAGCGUCAAAGUGCCGACGGACGACCGGUACCUGCUGGCCGGCGGCGGCGUGGCGGUCAUCGCGGCGGUCAACAGCAAGUCGGCGGUCCGGGUGAACAACGGCGGCGAUUCCGAUUCGCUGAAGCCGCUGCAGGCGUUCAGCAGCUGCGGCUUGUUGCGGACCACCAGCGGCGGCGGCGCGGCCGACCACAACUUGCACUACCAACAUCAGCACUGCAACCUGCUGGCGCCGGCGUUCCGGGGCGCGAACGGGUCGUCGUCGCUGUCGUCGCUGCGGUACGUCAGCACGCCGUUCCACGGCAGCACGUUGGUCAGCCUGUACGAGGACUCGCAGCCCAAGAAGAAGCAGGAACAGCAGCGGCGCCGCCGGCGGCGGGACAAGCGGAACAAACGGCGAUCCGACAAGCAGUGCGAACGGUCGUCGCCGCCGCCGCUGCCGUCUGCGGAGACGAGAAGCGACGACGGCGACGACGGGACCGACGACGAGCGGACGUCGUCCCGCCGGAAAACCGUGGCCGGCGCGUUGCAGCUGCUGUCCGACCCGCUGUUCAUCGUCAUACUCGUGUCGAACGCCACCACGGCCAUCGGGUACACCAACUCGGCCAUCCUGCUGCCGUCGUACGCCAUCAGCAUCGGCCACGACAAGAGCAGCUCGCAGUACCUGCUGUCCGUGGUGGCCGUGCUCGACCUGGUCGGCCGGGUGGGCGGCAGCACGCUGUCCGACUGGAUCCGGCUGGACAAGCGGUACUACUACCUGAGCGGGCUGGUCCUGUCGGGCGUCGCGCUGUUCGUGCUCCCGUUCGCCGACGACUACCCGACCAUGUGUUGCGCGUGCGCCGCGUUCGGGCUCGGUUCCGGCGUCGUGGUCGGCAUCACGGCCGUCAUAAUGGUCGACAUGCUGGGCGAGGAGCGGCUGUCGUCGUCGUACGGCAUAUCGCUGUUCUGCAGCGGGCUCGUGCAACUCAUCGGGCCGCCCGUGGCCGGUUACAUAUUCGAGACGAUCGGUUCCUACAGGCCGGUGUUCCACGGCAUGGGCGUCAUACUGCUGUUCGGCGCCUCCACGUGGCUGCUGACUCCGUUCCUCAAGAAGAACCAUCAACGCCACCACUGACUGCCGCGGUCGUCACUCAUAUUCUCUACGAUAACAAUAUUACUUGGGCACCUAGGUGCCGCCUAGGUGCAUACACACUCAUAAACCUUACCCACACUGACAAACCGUCGUACACGUAAUACGUAUUAUAAUGUCUGUAUAAAUAUAAUAAUAUAAAUACACAAUAAUUACAAUAUUACAUGUCGAGUAUGAUACCAUACGACAAUUACACAUAUUUCCAUUAGCCGACGCGUUAGGUAUAUAUUAUAUGUAUUAUGCGGAUAUAGUGUAAUUAUUCAUAGUUUACAAAUAUAUACGUCAUAUAUUGUUGUGCCCGGCGGCUUAAUUUCGAUGUUGUGAAAACAACGGACCAAAAAUCUUCGAGAAAAACAGUAGAUAUGUAAAUACUUGUUAAACCCAGCAAUUAUGUAAAUCUAAUUUUUGAUAUAAUGAUGGCUAUCGUCACAGUCGUUACCGCGUGUCAAUUAUAAUCAUAAUCAUAGGUUUGGUUUGGAUGUUUCUCCGUCAAUAUUGUGUGGGAAGUGUUUAAAAAAAAAUUUAAAAAAAUAUGUGUUGAUUCUUUUACCCGCGUUUUUACCAAUCAGAGGUGAAACGGAGGCCCUCGAGGGACGCAAAAUAGUAGAACACUGAAUAUCCGUUAUAAAAAAAAAAAAAGAAAUUUUGCAACACUGGAAAUAUGAACUGAUUACUAUGCCACUGAUUAACAUGCGAUAUAAUAUCACAAUAUUUUAUUGAUUACUCGCACUUCGUUUCGUUAUAAUGUUAUUAAUAUGUCACGUACGGGUACGUCACAGAAAUGAUUCCGUUGUAUAGAGACGUUUUUAAUUUCAUUCCUUUCCUCCUCUUCCAAGGCCAGUGUAUUAAUGAUUUUAAGUAAAUUCCGAAAUCCGUGACUCGCAGAUAUGACGCAUUAGAGAUCGGCCGAUUGCCACAAAUACAUGAAUGUAUUGAUUUUCAUUUAAACUUGUGCAGCGUAAUGUUACAUAUUAGUUCGUGGUACGUUUCUUUAAUACAUCGACGAUUGUUAAAAUUAUAUUGGUAGAUAUAAUAAUAUAUAGUUUUCUAAAAGUUACAUAUCCGAGUUGAGCCAACAAUGUUAUGUCGGUGGCGGCUAAAAGAGCGCCAUUCAAAUAAGCCUUAACUCUUAGGCCGCCGUUUAUCGUGUACCUCCAAUCAAAUAUUUUUAUAAGUUAUAACUUACAACCUAUUUUUAAACCGAUUCGUUGGCCGUCAAUUAUUACUGUGUUUAUUAUUAUCUCCGACGAUAUAGACCAUUCCAUCAGUGUACGCGUUUAAGCGACCGCCAUUUCCGUAAAUUCGUGUACGUCACCGCAGGAAUUCGUACUUAAACAAUGUUUACCUGUACAAUGAAGUGGAGUGCUGAACAAUUUUUAUAUUAAAGACAAGACAAAAACUAAUGACAGAAAAGAAACAAUAUUGUUAAAUAUUUCUAAAGUUUAUAAUCAUACACCUACCCGUUUUAUUCUUGAGGCGAUCACCUUGAAAAAAUCCCCAAGGGAAGUCACUGCCUGUGCAACAUCGAUACAAGCGCGUACAUACCAUAUCUCUAUCACAUAAAAAGUUCCUCGUUUGUACGUAGACAUAAUAUACUAUCAUAAAAUAAAGUAUCGAAUACGAUACGUGCAAUUUAAUGUCGACGGUGCUAUCCAUUGACAAACUAUUUUUGUUUAGAUUCUUCCAACCCCCGAGUCACAUUUUAUAUGUUAUUAUUGUUAUUUCACGUAAAUCAUCUGUAAUAUCUGCAGUGACGCGUGCUAACAUCUAACCCAUUAUAGCUCAUAUAUUCUACUAUUUUUUAAAUGUAUAGUUUAUACUUUAUCUCGAUAAAUUUUUUAUUUUUUUACACGAAUAUAGACUCUAUUUCCCUAUUCUCGUACUCACGAUCUUCGUGUUCAUAUAAGCCUCGACGGCCGUCGCUGUCAUCCGUUUGAGACGGGUAACGUAAAUAUUAUUCUAUGUUUUGUUGAAACCAAAAUGACGAAUUUAAACACAGAAAAUAUAUUGUCUAUUUAUUUUGUCUGUUCGUACCUGUUGUUUAUUACAAAUCUUCCGUGUCGGUUAUCAUAUAAGUACCUACACAACACAAAAUUAUUAUGAUGUCGCUAUUGAAUUAGUAGUUACUUUGUUUUUUUUAUUUAUUUAUUUUACUAAGAAUUUGUAUAUAAACGUUCUACUAGAGAUGGUGUAUUUCUCGGAACUGAAAGAUAUCAUAUAUAGUUAAAAUAAUUUAACGUUACAUAAUAUUAAUUGAGUUUUAUUUACAACAU